AGAGUUCCUCGUGGGUGUGAAGUUUGAGUCGUCUUUUGGUAAGAGACCGGUGAAAGAUUGUGGUGCAGAUGAGUAGCAUAUUUCAUCACUAUCUUCACGCUAAUUGAAUGGUCACCAUUCAUUAUUUUGCUACAAUUCAUAACCAUCAUAUCUUACUUUAGUAGACCUUUUCGAUGAUGUGAUGUGUUCGCCUCAACGCAGCUUUCCACUACCUCUCACCAGGAUCCUUCGGUUCGAGAGCACAUGGGCGUGAGGUUUGAGCGGUCUUUUAGUAAGAGUUGGUUGAAGGUUUUAGUACAGAAGGUCAGCAUAUUGUAUCACCAUCUUACUAGAAUUCAUAGGCAUCACAUCGGUUAUUUUCCAACGAUAUGUGUUCGUCUCAACGCAUAUUUCCACUGCUUCACUUCUGAACCUUAUUCUUGUGAGUAUGUGGAUGUUGAAUCACUUCUAGCAGAUUGUUUGGUGCACUCUGGAAUGGCACCACAGCGCUGUUGAGGCGAGAAUCGGAAGAUCUUUAAACUUCCUUUGAAUGGGGUGUGCUCUCAUGGGGUUUUUACGUUGAUCACUUGAGAGUCCUUCUUCUUUCCUCCAACUUUGACUUUGUUUGACUAGAAGUCUGCAACUAAGCAAAAAUGGAGAGGUGGAUUGAGCAUUACAACAACUCCCAAGAGAUAUUGCGUGUCGAGGAAGAUGACUUCUCAUUUUCUGCUUGCUUGGUUCGAGCUUUUGAGUCUACUACUAACAUGGUAGCCACUUCUCUUGAAUCCCAAGGUACAGUUUUCAAAUGGGUUCUUUACUGGUGAAACUUUGGAGUAGUUGGUCACAUUUGGAAGAACUGAGGAAAAUAGGAUGCUUGGUGCUGGAUAAAGUUUUACGACGACAGUUCUUAUUUUGUUCGGUUUGAGUAUGGCACUUUUGCAACAUGGUACGAGGGUUUCUACAUGCAACACUGGUUAGCAGAUGAGUAUUGUGAACUGGUAUUCGAAGGAUCGAAUUUACGACGUGAAAAAUUGUGCACCCUCAGGAAAUUACUGCUUGUUUAUUGAGACAACAAAUAUGUGAUCGAUAUCACGGGCGGCCGACUGUUGUAUCGAUAACUUAUUCGUUGGGUUCGUUAAGCAAGUGGAAAAGAAGAUUCGUCUACAGCAGCUGAUGCAGAUUCGGAAUUGAUAUUCUUGGGACUCGACCCAAAGACUCAUCUUUUCUCGGAGUACGUGAAGUUACGAAUUCUUGGGCGAGACCCACUCUCAUCUUUCAGUUUUGGUUUUCAGUAUAAGUAUUUUAACUUCAUUUACUUUGGUUAUUUGUUUUUGGUGUUACAAAUGUUUUGAGGAAAGUGUUUUCUGUUUUCAAUUUUAAGUUCAGCUCAAAAUUUUGAUCUAUAUGUUAGUACAUCUCUAUUUUGACGUUAUCGUAUUUUAUGUACUUAUUUUUGACCCUUACGUCAAUAUAUGUUUUCGACCUUAUAUCUUAUUAAAGUAUGUUUUCUAUUUUUACACUGAUGGGGAUGAAAGUAAGAGUUUGGAGGCGUGAUAGAGGAUUUUGCAACCCGCUCGCGACGGUGUGGCAUAUUCUCUUUGAUGCACCCACUCUGACUUGAUUUCUCUUUAUACAUAUAUUCUUUUUACUAUUUACGAGUAUUUCAGUUUAGUAGGUGAUUUUAAAUUUCGGGGACGAAAUUUUUAUAAGGGGGGAAGAUUGUAACACCCGCCCCCUAAUUAUAAAGAUUUAUGUUUGUAAUUACCCCUAAAUGUUUUAAAUAUAUAUAUUUCAUCCUUUUUGUCUACCAAAUCAGGAUCCAAAGCAUUGGAUCCCUUUUCUUUCUAAAUCUGCCACGUGGCAGCCCCCCAAACAAUUUCUCUUUCUUCUCUCUCUGUCCCCCCCGUGAACCCCCCUUCCUUCUUCUUCUUCUUUUUCUGUCUGUCAUGUCUUUCUCUCCCUUCUCUCGGACCUCUCUCAGCUCCCUCAUCUCUCUUCUCAACCGCGAACGCACGCACGCACCCAUCUCCCCUGCGCGAGGAAGACCCCUCAUCGUCGCCAUCUCGUCCUUCUCCCCCUCUGUCCCGUGCUGCAACCCCAGGAAACCCGGAAAGGAACUCCGGCGAGUUCCUAUUUUCCCGGACGAAAUCGAAGCCGGGUGUAGGCACACCCAUCUCCGACGACUUUCGAGAGAAUUUCCGGCCAAACCACGACGAGUUGGCCGGCGUGCAAGUUUCCGGCGACCUCCGAGGCUUUCGAGGCAAUUUCCGGCCAAACCACGGCAAGUUAGACGUCGUGUGAGGGGCAAUUAUAGUGGCGUUUCUGUCUUCGCUAGCUGCGUGACUUUUCGACGGCGAAGUACUGAUUUAGGAUCGAGGCAUACAAUCCCGGCAUCCAGCACGUGA